AUGGCGGCGGUGGCGGCAAGUGGUGGUCUCGCGGGAGGCGUGCCGAGUCAGGCCGAGGUGGUGGUGGUGGGUGGCGGGGUGAUUGGGACCUCGAUCACGUACCAUCUGGCCAAGCGCGGUGUUGAUGUAGUGCUUCUGGAGCAAGGCUCGCUGACGGCAGGGACGACGUGGCAUGCUGCGGGGCUGAUGGCUACCUUUGGCUCGCUCUCGGAGACCUCCACCGAGCUCCGCAAGUACUCGAAGCACCUGUACGCCGACGUGCUCGAGGCUGAGACAGGCCUGGCCACCGGCUUUGAUCCGGUCGGCUUUGUCGAGCUUGCUACUGCGCCCGAUCGCGUCGAAGAGUACCGCCGCGUGGCGGCCUUCAACCGCAAGUGCGGCAUCGACGUCCAGGAGAUCUCGGCCGCAGACGUCGCCGAGCUCUUUCCUCUCUGUGCUGUCGACGACGUCUACGCCGGCUUCUACGUUCCCACCGACGGGCGAGUCAAUCCGACCGACGUGACCAUGGCGCUGGCCAAGGGCGCCCGGCUGGCCGGGGCGACCAUCCACGAGGGUGUGGCCGUCGACCACGUUGCUGUCGUCGGCCGCCGCGUGACCGGCGUCGUCACCGCCGAUGGCUCCCACAUCGCAUGCGACAAGGUGGUCAAUGCCACAGGUAUGUGGGCCCGCCAGUUUGGCGCAGCCGCUGGUGUCAACAUUCCCAACCAGGCCGCCGAGCACUAUUACCUCAUCACCGACGACCUGCCGGAGCUCGACCGCAAGUGUCCGGUCAUCGAGGACCCGGAGAACUACUGCUACAUUCGACCCGAGGGCGAGGGCCUCAUGAUUGGCCUGUUUGAGGGUGAGGCUGCCGCGUGGGCAGUCGACGGCAUUCCGCGCGACUUUACCUUUGGCGAGAUCGAGCCCGACUGGGAGCGGAUGACACCGUACUUGGAAAGGGCGAUGGCGAGGGUCCCGGCCUCACUCAACGUUGGCGUCAAGAAGUUUUUCUGCGGGCCCGAGUCCUUUACGCCCGACCUUGCGCCGCUUGUCGGCCCCGCGCCCGAGCUUGAUGGCUACUGGGUCGCGGCCGGCCUUAACUCGAUCGGCAUCAUCACCGGUGGCGGACUUGGUCAUCUUGUCGCCGAGUGGAUGACAGAGGGCUACUCUUCAUACGACGUGACUGGCAUCAACGUUGAUCGGCUGCACCCGUACCAGGCCACACCGGCGUAUCGCGCCGCACGCGUCGUCGAGUCGCUCGGUCUGGUUUACAAGACGCACUACCCGACUCGGCCGUCGUCAUCCGCGCGUGGUGUCAAGCGUUCGCCGCUUCAUGCCGCGCUUGCGGAUCGCGGCGCAUGCUUCCGCGACGUGUCCGGCUGGGAGGGUGCUGACUGGUAUGCGCCGCAGGACGGGUCCAAGUGGACUGGCGAGCUGAGCCCCGAGCCGCUCACUUGGGGCCGGCAUCACUGGUUCGCCAACUGGGCUGCCGAACACCACGCCUGCCGCAACGGCGUCGUUGCCAUGGACAUGUCGUUCAUGUCCAAGUUCCGAGUCCAAGGCCGCGAUGCUGGCGCCCAGCUCAACAGGCUCUCCACCGCCAACGUCGACGGCGCGCCUGGCGAGAUCACCUAUACCCAGUGGCUCAACGACCGCGGCAAGCUCGAAGCCGAUCUUACUGUGACCAAGGUAACCGACGACGAUUUCAUGGUUGUGGCUACCGACACGAUGCACCGCCACGUGCUGGGUUGGAUGCACAAGAUGUUCGAGCCCGAGGCGCAUGCCAUUGUCACCGAUGUCACCGGUGGCCUGGCGCAGAUCAAUGUGCAGGGCCCUGACUCGCGCGCGCUCAUGACCGACCUUACCGGCUGCGACUUUUCCAACGUUGCUUUUCCGUUCCGCGCCGUCCGCGAGAUGCCGAUCGGCUUUGCACUAGCGACCGUGGCGCGGAUCACGUACCUCGGCGAACUCGGCUACGAGCUGUAUGUCCCUGCUGAGCACGCCAUGCAUGUCUACGAACAGCUGGUUGAGGUCGGCGCCCGCCACGGACUCGUACACGCCGGCCUCAAGGCGCUCUCGUCGCUGCGGAUGGAAAAGGGCUACCGCGACUACGGGCACGACAUGGACAACACCGACUCGCUGCUCGAGGUGGGCCUCGGCUUUACCGCCGACCUCAACAAGUCGGAUGGGUUUAUCGGUCGCGACGAGCUCCUCGCUCAGAAGGCCAUCAAGGGCAUGCCGCCGCGAAGGCUGCUCCAGAUCCUCGUCGACGAUCCAGAGCCGAUGAUGUACCACGGCGAGGUUGUCUACCGCAACGGCAAAGUCGUGGGUGACAUCCGCGCUGCUUCGUACGGACACACGCUCGGCGGCGCAGUUGGCCUCUCCAUGAUCGAGGCCGACGAGCCCAUUAAUCUCCGCUACAUCAACGACGCUGAGUGGGAAGUCGACAUUGCCGGAAUCCGCUAUCCAGCGCAGGCCUCGUCGCGUCCGCUCUACGACCCGAAGAACGAGCGGAUCAAGGCUGAAGACUAG